AUGGCUCUUCUGGACUGCGUGGGACUGUGCUUCCCGUGCAUCUUCAACACAACGCCCGUGCUGAAGAUCAACCAGGCCUCGUUCAGGAUCCUCAAUCUGCUUGGCGAGGGCGGUUUUUCCUACGUGUACCUCGUGCAAUCGAAAAACAACCACGGCCUGUAUGCGCUCAAGAAAAUACGGUGUCCGUUCGGCAAUUCCAACUUCAAGGCCGCCAUGAAGGAGGUGGACAACUACCGCGAAUUUCGCUCGCCCUUCAUCAUCAAGUCGAUCGACUCGUCUGUCGUCCAGGAGCCCGACGGCUCCAAAACCAUAUACAUCCUGCUGCCCUACUUUGAAAACGGCUCGUUGCAGGACAUAAUCAACCAGAACAGCGUCAACAACGCGCGCAUGGACGAGACCGAGGCGCUGCGGCUCUUUGUGGGCGUGUGUCGCGGACUCCAGUCGAUGCACCGCCACCAAGUGUCCAAAAACUACACGAUAGUGUCGUCGAUGGAGCCGAACGACAGCGACGGAGCCGACGAAAAUAACCCGUUCCUCAGCAACGUCGACGAGAGCAUACGAGACGGCACAGAGCUGCAGGAAACGGUCAGCUUCGCACACAGAGACAUAAAGCCGGCCAACGUCAUGCUGGCCAAGGACGGGACGCCGGUGCUGUGCGAUCUGGGCUCGUGCGAAAGGGCGCGGGUCAGCAUCAAGUCGCGGGCGCAGGCCAUCACCGUCCAGGAGCUCAGCAACGAGCACUGCACGCUGCCGUACCGCGCGCCAGAACUGCUCGAUAUCAAGGUCGGCGACCAGAUUGACGAGAAGAUCGACAUCUGGUCUCUCGGGUGCACGCUGUACGCGCUGCUGUACGGCUACUCGCCGUUCGAGCGCGAGGAGCUCGUCAACGGGGCCAACAUCACGCUCGCCAUCAGCUCGGGCAGCUACAGCUUCCCGCCGACGCCGGAGUACUCGCCCGCGCUCCAGGACCUCGUGCGCUUCUGUCUCGUGGUGGACGCGGCCCAAAGACCGUCGAUCGAGGACGUGCUGACCCGCGCGCUCGAGGUGCAACGCGAGGUGCAACGCGAGGUGUCUGUGUAG